AUGUCAGAGUUUCGUGGUCGAGUCACAUUCAGAAAGUUUCCUUACAAGGUUCUCAACAAGUGCAUGCUCAUCAGCUAUCACUUGCGAGAUGCUUCCGAUCUGCGAAAAGCAGAAGCCGUUGCAUUUGAGGCAGACAUCCAAGAAGCCGCGGCUAAGGAACGAGAUCUCCUCUCAAGUAUCUCGAAAACUUCGUCGACCCACUUGUCUCCGAGCGUUGUCAUCGGCAGCGGGGCAAUGUUCACAUGGAACAUCGCCACAGGCCCAGCUGGCGAUGCUUCUUACGAUGGCUUCGAUGCGGAGCAUACCCAGCCCAUCCUCCAGGCCGAUGGAGCGCAGCGGCAGGUGAAGUCGAUUUGCCGCAGCGCCCACGCGAUCCUGAUCGAGAGGACGAUGCUGAUGAAGGUGGUGAAGACCAUGGUGACGGUGAUGAUGUCGGCGACGUUGAUACCACGCCCUGAGAUGCUCAUGCAAGAGCUUCUGACAAACGACUCCUAUACAGUAUGGCACUCGGACCUUCGUAUUUUCGACCCUGUUGGCCUUGAAGAGGAUCCAUUUACGAAAUUGGGCACAGAGGUGGACAAGACAAGCAUGCGUGCCUCUCAGAGACGCUCCGCUUCUGAGGAGAUCGCUUUUCUCCAAAGGAACAUCCAGGUACCCUGCUUGGAGAAGAUGCCGUUUCAAACAGUCGUCAACGACGUGCUCUCCCAGCACAAAGAAGAUGUGCGCAUCAGCAGUGCCCAGUUAGAGCUUCUGCAAGCAGCUACAGAAUCCAACGGAUCUGUGGCUAAGCUGCGGGCACAUUUUCUGCUCAAGGUGCUCCACGGAGAUGCUCCGCAGGCAGAUGCCUUGUCCUUUGUGCCGGACAGCUUCCAGUGCCGUGCGACUGGGACUGCAGACAAACGGGUCGAGCGUGUGCGCUCGUUGCUGAAGGCAUUCUGUGAUUUCAACCCGUUGAGCCCAUUAGUCAGCUACCUUUGCCCAACUGCACGAGACUUUUCAUUCUACCUGGCCUCUGCCGACCUGCGUGCAGCAGUUUUUCCUUUUCGUGAUCAUUGUGGUGACAACAUGGCAGACAACCAGGAGCGAUCUACAAUCCCCUCAUGGGAUGGCCAGGCGAGGACCUGGCGACGUUACACUCGAGAAGUUUCAUGGUUCGUCUUGAGUACGCCGGUGCACAAACGGAGAUAUUGUGCCUCGCGUCUUCUCACGCGAUUGGUGGGACCUGCCCGACUUCUAGCGAUGUCGUGGUCCCAGAUGGACUUUGACACCAGCGGUGGCACCAAGCUCCUUCUUCGUCGUCUUGCCAGCUCGCCACUGGUAAGACGCACUUUGCCGAAUGCUGCGGCAAUCUGCCAGCAGUACUUCAGUUUCCGCCGCCAGCCGGCGGAGUCGAUCGGAAACUUUCUGGUCAGGGAGACUUUGGUGCACGAGGAGUUUGUGGAGGCCAUAAUCAGGCUACAUGAAGAGAAGCUUGGAGUGGCCCAGGACAUGCGAGACUUUGGCCUCCCUGACGACUCCGAGUGGGAGACCAGCUGGUGGGAAGGUGGCAGCUGGGGCGGCGGCGACGACUACGGCGAGGACAAUGCUGAUGGAGACCCUCCCGGCGAUUCACCGGCAGAUGACGGCAGACUUUCUGCGGAUGCUGGACCAGGACGAGCUGACCUUCAAGACGAUUCCGGACAACCACGCGGAGCAACCGGCUCAUCGCCGAGCCACAGAGCAGGGGACUCAGGAUCACAAGUCGGAUCCAAGAAGGGCGAGUCCCCGGGCGUCAAGGCUCCUCUGGACGAACUGUCCGUUGCCGACUCCUUCAUCAUGGACGUCUUGAGAGGCUGGCGCUUAUUGCAAGCAGCGGGCUUGAAUGCAGAAGAGAAGAGAGAUAUCUUGAGUACCACCAAGAACUCUCUUGAUUACUCUGUAAUAUCUUCCGCCCUGCAGAGCCUCUGGGAUGAUCAGUUGCUUGGAAACCAUCGCCAUGCCUCCGGCAGCUACAACAUGCACAUGGUGGACUCCUUCGACGACCACACGGCGUACCAACAGGAGAUGAAUGACUGGUGGGAUGAUGGCACGUGGGGGCAAGAUUGGUGGUACGACGAUGCCUACACGGACCACUACGAGGACCCUGGAUGGGGAGAUGAAGACUGGCCUCAGGAGGCGCAGUCGAUGAACGAGGCCCCCGCGGAUCCCGAGUUGGCGGCCAAGUUUCAGGAAGCUCAACAAGCGGAACGGGUCGCCGAAUCCUUGGCGGCUGAGGCGACGAGGACCUGGACAGAAGCGCAACGCGCCACCCAGGCGCUCAGGCGCGACCGUGGAUUUGGUAUGCCCUCGAACUCUGCAGCGACAGGCAAAUGCUUCUUGUGCGGUGGCAAUCACUUUGCCAGAGAGUGUCCGGAUCGCUUUCAUCAAGGUUCAAAAGGCGGCAAGGGCUACCACCGGAACUACCUGACCGAUAUGGACGAGAGCUACGCCUACUACUUCAACAAGGGCAAGAGCAAGGGCAAGUUCAAGGGCAAGGGAAAGAAAGGCAUGUUCAUGGAAGCUCAAGCCUGGAUGAAGGGCAAGGGCAAGAAUAAAGGAAAGGGCAUCGGCAAGGAUGGACCCAGGAGUGUGAACGCCUACUCCUCUGAGCUUUUCUUGGGUGGCUUGGAAGUCUCUGAAGUCUUCGAGGCAGCGGCUUCUCAUGAUGUUUCCUCGUCACCGGGGACCGGCAUGAUCGAUUGCGGUGCCACAGCAUCGGCGGCACCAGAGGCCGUUGUACGUGGCCUCAUUUCUGCAGUUCUCACCCAGGACAAGGGCACGCUUUGGCUGGACAUGACUGUGCGCGAUGCUGAGUUUGACGAGCAGGAACUUGUGCCACAAUUUCCUCGACAACUUCCUCUUCUCGGAGCAAUGGCGUCAUCGGCGACGGACCUCCACGAUCCGGACCCGGAGACUGCCGCGCUGCUGGCGGCCUCUUACCAGGCCAAGGCAGCCAAAGCCAAGGCCAAAAGCAGACCAAGAUCGUUCGAUUCGACAAGGAGAAUGAAAGCCGAUCCUCGGGACCCGAGGACUCAAGCGACGCAGUGGCCAUGCUUUGGCCGACACAUUCCGGCAGCUCCAGAGGCCAAUCCUCAUGGCCAGUGGAUCAAUUGCAGCGUGUGCAACCUGCGCAUGCUGUACACCCCUCGGAAGGGGUCGCCGGCCUCAUCGACGCAGACCUUGAAUGCACCGAUGGUGACGAAGAUGUUGGACGAGCUACGCGGGCAUCUGGGGACGACCAAACCUACGGCGAAGAUAUGCCUGCAUGCGAUGAACAAGAUCACCGCGGAGGCCGUGCUGGAGAAGUCGAUCAAGGACCUGCUGGAGAAGAAGACCACGGCGAACAUCACGUCGCCGACCAGUACGGCGUGGGGAAUGGUCGACGACGAGGAGCUGGUGGCGGCCUACGAGAACGCCAACCAGUUCAUCAAGGAGGCCCUGGACGAGGACCCGGAGACCCAGGUGUACUUUGAGUGGCCACAUCCAUGCUUUGGUUGGAAGCAAGAACCCAUGCAGGACUUGGAGCGACACCUGGAGGUACAUUCAGUGCCUUGGUUGUCGUGCCGAAUUGAUGGUUGCAACUACGGCAUGAAGGACCUGAAGGGUGAGUUCUUUCUCCAGAAGAAAUGGUUGAUCAAGACAACGGAUGAGAACUUUCACCGCGUUUUUCGUGCCAAGGUGCCAUCACACGGCAUUGGCGACAACAUGAUGAUCUACGACUUCUUUCUCUACGUGAAGACCAACCGGCCCUAUGUGAAGAUCGAGGUGAUGAACCAAUGGAUUGCAAUGAGGUUUCGUAUGAAUUCCUUGAGGAUCUUCAAGUGA